CGACGAGAUUCGGUAGGCGGCAACAUCCACGGCCGAGAGCGUGCGAGUAGCGUGAGAAAAACUUUCCCACGCUCGCUCGGCGAUUCGAACUUGGCGCUUUCGUUCUCCUCUGUCUCGCGCUCUGCAUCCUCGCGACUGCGCUUGCGCGACAGAUCCCCCUCUUACUCUCUUUCUCUCUCGCUCGCUCGUUUGCGCUCUCCUUAUCUCUGUCUCACUCGCGAGGCGGCGCGCGGCGGCUACUGCCGACCGCCUAACUUACUCGAUCUCCUACUCGCGAGUUGAGCGGCUACUCGUCGACGACGGAGCACAUACGCGUAUUGUAUCUAGGAAAUUUCGGCGAACAGGUGUUUUUCCGAAUGAAUCUUCCGCGAGGUUGCUUGGAUAUUUUUCGACAGUGCUACCGCUAAUGCUUGCCGUUAUGGAGCCGCUAGCAGACGCUACUCAGGAUAGAUAGUCUAUCCUAAACGGAGGAACGGAGUGGAGUAGCAGGAGCAGUAAAGGACAGAAUGUCCAACCGUGCGUGCUCCAUUUAAAGUGGUCCGUAUGAUAAUGCCCCACAGUCAGUACGGGCUGCCGACAAUGGCUGCUCACGGUGGGCUGCAAUCACCACCGUCGCCGACGGUGAUGUCAGCCUACCCUCGCUUCGCUGGAGGUGUCUACAGGCCGGAACAGGCGGCCCAUCAGGAGCAGCGACUCACCCGCGACGCUAUGAAGCACUACCUCGCAGAGCACAAGCGCACCCAAGGCAAAGCUGACAUGGUGGUUGUUAUACUCCACGCCAAAGUCGCUCAAAAGUCCUACGGCAAUGAGAAACGAUUCUUCUGUCCGCCUCCAUGCAUUUACCUGAAAGGCAAUGCCUGGGCCAUGAGACAAGAGCAGAUGAGACGAGACGGCGAAUCCGAGCAGUCGACACAGUUGUGUGCCUUCAUUGGAAUCGGUAACUCGGAUCAGGACAUGCAGCAGUUGGAUUUAAACAAUGGCAAACAGUACUGCGCCGCCAAGACCUUGUACAUCUCGGAUUCGGACAAGAGGAAGCACUUCAUGCUGUCGGUGAAGAUGUUCUACGGCAACGGCCAUGACAUCGGCGUAUUUCACAGCAAGAGAAUCAAGGUCAUCUCAAAGCCAUCCAAAAAGAAGCAAAGUCUGAAGAACGCCGAUCUCUGCAUCGCCUCGGGUACGCGAGUAGCGCUGUUCAAUAGGCUUCGUUCGCAAACGGUCAGCACGAGAUAUCUGCACGUGGACAAUAACAAUUUCCACGCGAGCUCGACGCAAUGGGGCGCCUUCACGAUUCAUCUGUUGGAUGACAACGAAAGCGAGUCCGAGGAGUUUCAGGUGCGAGACGGUUAUGUGCACUACGGCAGUACCGUCAAGCUUGUUUGCUCCGAGACAGGAAUGGCGCUGCCGCGUCUGGUCAUACGCAAGGUCGAUAAACAAAUGGCCAGCCUCGAGGCUGAUGAUCCGGUGUCGCAACUGCACAAAUGCGCGUUCUACAUGAAGGACACGGACCACAUGUACCUGUGCCUAUCGCAAGAGCGGAUAAUCCAGUUUCAAGCGACACCCUGUCCCAAGGAACCCAAUAAGGAGAUGAUCAACGACGGUGCAUGCUGGACCAUCAUCAGUACCGAUCGCGCCGAGUAUACCUUUUACGAGGGUAUGGGUCCCGUUCGCAAUCCCGUCACACCGGUGCCUCUGGUGCACAGCUUAAACCUGAACGGCGGUGGCGACGUGGCAAUGCUCGAGCUGACGGGCGACAAUUUUACGCCCAAUCUACAAGUGUGGUUCGGCGACGUGGAGGCUGAAACGAUGUACCGUUGCCAAGAGAGCAUGCUGUGCGUGGUACCGGACAUCUCGCAAUUCCGUGGCGAGUGGAUGUGGAUUCAUCAACCGACGCAAGUACCUGUCUCGCUGGUACGCACAGAUGGCAUUAUCUACGCGACGGGACUGACGUUCACUUACACACCGGAACCUGGACCAAGGCAGCCUUGCUUGCCGGCAAGUGAAGUUAUGAGGCAACCGAGGGGAAUGAACAACCAGGUGGCUAUGCAGCCGGCGAUCGCCGAUGUCCCAUGGAAUCAUCAUCCACAGCCACCUCAACCGGGACUUUGAUACGAGCCUAAUAGCUGGGGCUUUGACGGUGGUGGUAGUGGCAACGGACCUGAUUCUGUUGCUCAAGUACCGGAUGAGCCUGCAGCUAACGACGACAGAUUACCCAAGGAGGCUGCUGAGCCUUUUCAGGUGUAAAGACGCUCUCGAUCAUUUUUCAGGGGUUUUCAUUACGCGAAGUAUGUUUUGCACGCGCAUGUGAGGUGAACGCACAAAGCGCACUCGAAGGACUUUAUGCUGUAAGUUGUUGAUAUAAAUGUUUAUGAAAUAAUUAUUUAUACGACGAACGGUGGAUGAUUUUCUUCCUCAGAAAAGGAUGAAAAUCAAAUGUAAACGAAACAACAAUCGGUGCAUAUCACUAUAAUUACGAAACGGAUAAUUGUAUUAUAUAAAGAAUUUUUUUCUUUUCUUUGUUCGGCUGUCGUGCUCUU